AUGGCAUCCGCCUUCGUCAGAGACUUAACCUUUCAGACUGAUGAUCUUGGCAAGGAGGCGACGCUUGUGCUCAUGUUCCAUAGCGACAUGGAGUGUAUCUACCAUAAGUCGUUUCCUGUUAUUUGGAGGACUACCUCAUUCGGAGAGAUGGGUCGGUACAGCAUGCGCGUGACCUACACGAAUCAACUUGCUUUCUCUCGAGUGCAGAUCAAGGAUGGGAACGUAGUUGACACUGGAACUCACACCCAGAUCGAUAACGGCAAACAAACCACCUUGACCCAGACGUAUGACGGCUUCGAGUUUUCGUUUUCUGUCCCUAAGCAUGGACUCCCUGGUUACCUGGAGGCCAUCAACGAGACUGGAUUUGUUCAGGACAUUGCAAUAAGCACUAUGAACCCGGGAGACUCAAAGCCCAAGCCGGUGCUCUACUUCAAGGACGUUGAAGACGGCAGUGUAGUCAAGGCCAAGUUUGCUCCGAUUAUUCGCGCCUAUAUCUCGUCGGACCAUCAAGAGACCUCAGUCUUACAAGGUGCCAUUUGCACCGAUUCGAUCUGGGAACAAGAUCUCGCCCAGCUUCCUGAGUGUACCACCUUGACACUCAGACGGGAACCAGCCACUGGACAUUACACGAUCACUCAGGAAGGUGUAAUUUAA